AUGAACAGCACCUCCGAUUACCUGAACCCUGAGCAGAACAGGGGUGAAUUCACGAAGGGAAUCCGGUUCAUGCUCAUCGUCCUCGCCCUUCUCAUCCUUAUCAAGCUCGCCUGCUACAUCUGCACCCACGUCCGUGUCUGUGUCUGCGUCCCGCGGUCCCCCCGGUCCUCCUUGGCAUUGGCGGAGAACAGUGACUACUCGGUCGUGAUCGCGCUUGGCCUUGAUGACACCAACCUGGAGAGCUUCCCGAAGCUCCUCUACUCGCAGGCGAAGGCCGCUGGAGGCAUCGGUGGCUCAUCCGUGAGCUUCAGCUGCUGCUCGAUUUGCUUGUCGGACUACAAGGAGACCGACGUGCUGAGGAUGUUGCCGGGUUGUGGCCAUUACUUCCACUUGAAGUGCGUUGAUGAGUGGUUGAGGUUGAACCCGUCAUGUCCGUGUUGCAGGAACUUGCCUGUUCCGACUCCGAUCGGGAAGCUUCUCGCUGAGGUCGAACCUUUGGCAGCGUCGCGGCUGUGA